AUGCCAAAGAAAAGAGCAACAAGAUUGCAGAACGCAAAAUCCAAACCCAAGGUCAAAGUAGACAGUGUUGGAGAAGAGUUGACAGAGGAAGAGAAAAGCAAGAAAUUAGAUGUCUAUUUACAAGAUUUAAGAAUUAGAGUCAAUGAACAGAACAAAAAAUUAGACAAAGAUUUGGAGAACAUGCUGAGCUUGAUCGACAAGAAAUUUCUAUGGGAUCUAUCCCGACUGCCUAUUGCUGUCAGGAAGAUGACCCUUGAAGAUUUUAUAAGCUGUGGUGGUACUGUUGAUUUAGCAGAGAAACACUUGGAUAUACGAGAGGAAAGCAUGAGUUCUGUGGCCUUAUCAGCUAGAAAAAUUGGAAAAUUAUCACAUCUACAACCACAUGUAUUUGAAACGAUUUCUGAGGAGGAGGGUACAACACCAGGCCCCACAUUUGCACAGCCAAGGACGGCAUCAAGAAGAGGGAGACCUCCAUUGAAUACACCAAUGUCUCAUAUGAUGAAGACUCCUGCCAUGGGGAGGAGUAUGGCUGCGACGGGCUGGGAAACUCCUCUUGUUACACCCAAAUUUGAUCCACGGUUGCCAAUGACAGGAAAUAUGAAGCGGGCAGCUAGACCCGGAGAGAUAAUAAUGUCGAUGGGAGGAAGCCCCAUCCAGAACCCUACACGUGGUGGCAAGGGAAACAUCAGAAAACGAGGAAAGACAUUGACAGUAGAUGUGGACCCCCAUUGUGAAUUAGAAAAUUUGGUAAUACCAGACAACAUACCUAAAGCUCAGCUUUCACAGUUAGUGGGAGUUCUACAAGACUUUAUCAAACAAGCUAAGGACUGAAAUCUUAACCUAGGAUUGGAAAACAUUGUACUUAAAGGAGAGAAGACAUGUUGGGUUAAUGUAUGAGAGUGGCUGGUCUGUAACAGAAGACAACUGACACAGGAUUCUCAUGUUUGUCAAAUGUGAGGCUGGAUCUAAAACAGGUGCUAUACUUAAUGUUUGGUACACUAGAGGGACCCAACACCACUCUGGUGCAAACACUGUGUCAGUUGUGUAAGCCAUGUAGACUAAUCAUAAGAACCUGAAACCUUUUAAGGUACCAGUACAGUUACUGGUCCUAUGUGUACGAGGAUUAUCUUACAAACAUGUGGAUAAGCUGUUAUCUCUAUCUUUUUCUACAUGAUAUAACAUCAUGUUUUGAAUUGAACCUGUGUAAAAUUACAAUUAGCAAGCUGCUUUAUCACACAACUUCAGAUGCAUUGUUCUCCUUGUUUGUAUACAAAAACAGCCAAAGAUAGAUCUCAAGUACAACUUCUAUAUUCAAUGUUUAUGCACACUAGAAGGGCUUGACAUCUCUCUAGUACAGCUGUUGUGUCAUACGGUUUGUACACUAGAAG